AGCCCACCGGCGGUGACGCAACAGGCAAAGCAGCGGACAUGGCUGCGCUCUUCGGCGGCGUGGGUCGUGAGAUAACGCUGUUUAUGGGCCGAGGUUCGUGCUUAAGGGGGUGGAACAGCGUCGUGGUGACCUCUAGACGGUUCAUCCGAGGUUUGAGGCGGAGACCGGUGGCUGUGCUGCAUCCAGGAGGCGAACGUGAGACUCGAGUAAAGUCAAACGAGACAGCUGACCAACCCAGACUGACCCGGGGGGACGCGGGGGGGACAGGCUGGGAGAGGAGCCGCAGACGACGAGCUGAAGACGAAACUUUCCACGCCGGAGCAGCCGCGAGGAACCCGGGCCAUGGCUCCAGACCCGCAGCGGGGGCGUCCUGCUCCGGGGUGAGAGAGCAGCUGGGUGGGCUGCGAUUCGAAAAAGCUCAACCUGGAGACAAAAGAUUGCCGAAGGUCGUGAGUAUCGCCCGGUCCAGAGCGUUUCGGGAGCAGCAGGGUAAAGUUCUGCUGGAGGGAAGGCGUCUGAUCUGCGACGCUCUGGCUGCCGGAGCUGCUCCUCAGACGCUGUUCUUCAGCCGAGUGGAGCGGCUCUGUGAGCUUCCCCUGGACAAGCUGCGCCAGGCCUCACUGGUCAAGGUCAAGUUUGAAGACAUAAAGAUCUGGUCUGAUCUGGUCACUCCACAGGGUGUUCUAGCCAUUUUCUCAAAACCAGAUGCAUCCCGCCUUUCAUUUCCUAAAGAUCUGCGUCUUCAGUCUGUCCCUUUGUUCCUAAUCUGUGAUAACGUACGGGACCCUGGCAAUCUGGGGACCAUCCUCCGCUGCGCUGCUGCGGUUGGCUGUGACCGCGUCCUCCUCAAUAAAGGGUGUGUGGACGCCUGGGAGCCGAAGGUGCUCCGUGCUGCGAUGGGAGCUCAUUUCAGGCUCCCUAUAUUCCCAGGUUUGGACUGGAAUGAUAUUUCACAGCAUUUGCCAAAGCCAGUGACCGUCCAUGUGGCAGAUAACGUCCACAAGCUUAUGGUAAGGCAAGAUGCUGAGGCUGCACCUCAGGAUGCUGAAAAGCCAGGAGACGUGGGCUGGGUUUGCAACAGCGACAGCAGCAGGAAUAAACACUUGGAGGAAUAUGUUGAAUCAGACUCGGAUGCCAAUUCCGACUCUGAUGAUGACUCCGAUUCUGAUGAUGAACUGUCUCGUCCAUAUUUGGAGCCAAAGGCGUACCAUGAGAACUGGGCCCAGAGGAGCACAGCUCUGGUCAUUAGUGGAGAAAUCCACGGACUAAGCUCAGAGGCUUUACAGCUGGCUGAGGAAACUGGUGGUCAUAGAUUGUCUGUCCCAAUGGCUCCUGGAGUGGAGAGUCUGAAUUCAGCAAUGACCGCGGGCAUUCUCCUGGUUGAAGGCAGGAGACAGCUGAUGAAUUUCACACAGAAAGCCAGCAGAAGAGCAAGAUCUCUGACCCUCCGGUAGCUUUAUUAAGUGCGAAGAAUGAUAUUGGAAUCAUAUCAGUAUGAGCAGAUAUUUGCGUUACAAAAAAUACUGGCAUCAGAGGAAUGUUUAGAUUUGACCAAUAUUACAAACUGAUAUUUGAAAACACAUUUAUUGUGUCCCAGAAGAGCAGAGUGUUUAUGAAUGCUAAAAUAUCUGCAUUUUAUUCAUGUAACUGCAUUUGUAACCCUACAGAAAAAAGUACUAAUCCAGGUAGAUGGAGUCCCAAAUUCAACGUUUACAUUAUGGCAUUUGACUGACGCUCUUAUCCAGAGUGACUUUGUUUCAUCACAUAGGGAGGCCAAGGUGGUGUUAGGAGUCUUGCCCAAGGACUCUUAUUGGUAUAGUGUAGGGUGUUUACCCAGGUAGGGAUUGAACCCCAGUCUACAGUGUAGAAGGCAGAGGUGUUAACCGCUACACUGACCAACCCCAAAUUCAAUAUUUUAGAAUGUUUAUGUAUCAGCAUUGGCUUUAGAGGUGGCCAACAUGAUGAUGAUGAUUUACUGUUGACAUUAUAAAUUGUCACAUUAUGCUUUUUCUGAGAUAUUGCAGUACUUGGACACUGAUCAGCUGCGUAUUUCACUACAGCAGGAGCAUAAUAAGGCAUAAUAAUAAUUUUUAGAUUUAAAGAGGCCAGGUGAUGGUCAGGACCUGUAGCAGGGUCCAGCAGCAUCGUUCCCAGAACACUUUACAUUUUAACCUGAAAUUCUGAGACUAAACCACAGGGGUAACUGCAGUUUAACAGCUAUGCAACUACAAUAUAUGGCCAAAAACUUUUCUAGGUAUUUUGAUGUAGGUGUUGUUUACCAUGCCGAGGUCAAAAGGUCAGUGUGUAUGAAAUGUCACUUGUUUGGUCCUUGAUAAUUGCCACUUGUGAUGUAGGUCAUUUAGCUCUCACAGUGAUUAGAGUUCCCAGAAAUCAAUGUGUUCUGCAUCAGUUUCAGGGACAAACUAAAUGAAAGCUGAUUGUCUUGGUUGUUAACAAUACAUGUUGACCUUUUUUUGACCCACCAUUCAAAAGCUGUUGAAGGAAAUCUGAAUAUGCGCGUUUCACUGUUCACAAAUCACUGCUUUCUCUUCACUUUUCAGUGCCGUCUUGGUAAAAUCUGUGGGUAUAUCUGCUGGUUGACCAGUUGAGGACACAGUGGUCUCUAAUAGUAACCAUUAAACCAACUCCCAUUAGAAAGCAAAACCAUCAGGCUUUAAUCGUAAUGCUUCUGAAGGUCUUUUUUGAACAGGGCACAGCUGUACAGAAGCUCUUUUGUGAUGUGGAACAAAACCUGCUUUUCUCCACUGCGAUGCUACUUGACCCAUGAUAAAGCUACUGCCUCAUUUCAGAUCAGAUAAGUUUAAUGAUUUGGCUGUUAAGGCUGCACACAUUGCUGCAACUACUUCAUUCUAAGCGGGUUACUGAAUAUGGACUCCAUAUCAGCGGGUGCUAAAAAUAUGUAUGCAUUGAUACUCGGCCUGAAAUAAACAGUAUUGAUGCACCCCUAAUUAAUAACGUGACUAAAAAACAUUUGAGAACUGCAAUUGGCCCAAAUUCUCAUAGCACACAGUGUUUACAUGCACUUACUAAUCAGAUAACUGCACUCACUGUGAUUGGACAGAGGUCUUAUUUGCAUAUUGCAUUCUUCAGUAAGACCAGUAUCUCAGACUGUCACAAUAACAAACACUAUACGGCGCCUAAUUCAUGUGAAGAAAUGCAGCAGCAGGCGGUGCUGAACUCCUGGGUGUUGCCGAAUCUCAGAAGUGGGUUAAACACCAGACCAGACCAGACAGCAGAGCUAGACAGUGAGUUUUAAUGGCCAGGGCUCUUCAGAAACACAACGAAGGAGAGACAGAAGCUGUGUGCACUCUAAACGCCUACACUUAAUAUGGAAACGUGCUAUUAAAUGCUAUUCUGUGCCUUCAUAAAUCAGACUGCUUUAAUAGAGGGGACCUUCACAGAAAAUCCACUUAAAACGUGUCGAAGAUGGAACAGUCAUAUUACAUCAUUACAUCAAAUAUCAACAAGAAGUAGGACUGAAGUCCAUUUCUGGAUCAAUAAUAGCUGCAUAAAAACGGCUGCCACGCAAUGAAUAGACUGACUCUUCGAGACGCUUCCAAUACAGAGAUACUGGUUUCUCCAUGUAUGCAUAAUAAUCAGCACCCACAAGAAGAGAACUACAGCCUAGUGAAGGGAGCCAGGAGAACUGGAGGAACGUGGCUUUCCUCAGAAAUACACUUACUGUUUUAUGUACUUUAUUCUUCCUUAAAGCAAUAUCUGGAAAUAAAAGCUAAGUCGUAUUAAUAAAAUAAAAGCAAUAAAACGG